UUCAACUACAAGAUUCAGUUUCAGUUUCCCUCCAAUGAAGUUCUUUCUUCUCCUUGUUUUUACACUUUUUUCUGUAGCACUUGUAGGAAGUCAUGCAGUGACUCCUGAAGUAUACUGGAAGUCUGUGUUACCAAACAGUCCUAUGCCAAAAUCAAUCAAAGAUCUUCUAUAUUCAGAAUGGAACGAUGAGAAGAGCACCACAGGAAAAAGUGGCGUAGGCGUUCAUACCUACCAAGGGAAGCCACUUUACUUUGAUGUUCAGAACGUACCUGGUUUCCACACAUCCUUUCUCAACAGGUACACGGAGGCUGCAUCCGAGAAGGCUGCAUCCUUUCUCAACAGGUACACAGAGGCUGCAUCCGAGAAGGCUGUAUCCUUUCUCAACAGGUACACAGAGGCUACACCCGAGAAUCAGCUCAAGGAUAAUCCAAAUGCAGCGUUGUUCUUCUUCGAAAACGGCUUGCAUCUAGGCAAAGAAAUGAAUCUGUAUUUCACUAAAAACGACCAAAAAGCGACGUUUUUACCACGAGAAAUCGCUGAUUCAAUACCUUUUUCGUCAAACAAGCUUCCCCAAAUUUACAACGAGUUCUCAGUUAACCCCGACUCCGUGGAAGCCAAAAUCAUGAAGCAAACGCUUGAAGAAUGCGAGAAACCAAGCAACGAAGGUGAAGAGAGGUAUUGUGCGACUUCAUUGGAAUCCAUGGUGGAUUUUAGCAUGUAG